GCGUGCGGCGCGCGGGCAGCCGCUGCAGCGCCGCCGACUGUUUCGGGCCCUGGGAGCGCGGAAGCCGGGCGCGUCGGCUAUGGCUCUCUGGGCUGUUGCCGAGCUCUGGGUGCUGAACCCGCUGCGCGCUCUGUGGCUCACGCUGACCGCCGCCUUCCUGCUGACCCUGCUGCUGCAGCUAGUGCCGCCCGGCCUGCUCCCGGGCUGCGCGCUUUUCCAGGACCUGAUCCGCUAUGGGAAAACCAAGUUUGAGGGGCCGUCGCGCCCGGCAGCCUGCCGGGUCUUUGAUGUCCCCAAGAGGUAUUUUUCUCACUUCUACAUCAUCUCAGUGCUGUGGAAUGGUUUCCUGCUUUGGCACCUUACUCAGUCUCUGUUCCUGGGAGUGCCUUUUCCAAAUUGGCUUCACGGUCUGCUCAGAAUUCUCGGGGCUGCCCAGUUCCAAGGGGGUGAGCUGGCGCUGUCCGCAUUCUUAGUAUUAGUAUUUCUGUGGCUACACAGCUUGCGAAGGCUCUUCGAAUGCUUCUAUGUCAGUGUCUUCUCCAAUGCUGUGAUUCACGUCGUGCAGUACUGUUUUGGACUUGUCUACUAUGUCCUCACCGGCCUAACUGUGUUGACCCAAGUGCCCAUGGACGGCAGGAAUGUCUAUGUGAUAGGGAAAAAUCUCUUGAUGCAAGCUCGGUGGUUCCAUAUCCUCGGAAUGCUGAUGUUUAUCUGGUCAUCUGUCCAUCAGUACAAGUGCCAUGUCAUUCUUGGCAAUCUCAGGAAAAAUAAAGCAGGAGUGGUCAUUCACUGUAACCACCGAAUCCCUUUUGGAGACUGGUUUGAAUACGUUUCUUCCCCAAACUACUUAGCAGAACUGAUGAUCUACAUUUCCAUGGCUGUCACCUUUGGAUUCCACAACUUAACUUGGUGGCUAGUAGUGACAUAUGUUUUCUUCAGCCAGGCCCUCUCUGCUUUCCUCAGCCACAAAUUCUAUAAAAGCAAAUUUGUCUCCUAUCCAAAGCAUAGGAAAGCUUUCCUACCAUUCCUGUUUUAAGACAACCUCAGUCAUGAAGCAUGCAAACCAGGUGACAGGUUCAAUUCCUCAGGACAACAAAGUCUAGGGACCAAAGCGCAGUUUCUGCAGAACUGUUUGAAACUCUGUGUUUCAUUUCUACACCCAAAAGUCUUCACUGAAUGAGCAAAGCAAGACCCCUCAAGAAACUGAAUCUUCAAAGAAGAAAUCCUUCUGGCAGGCCUGGGAGUACUGUGUCUGCCUUCCGAGAUGCUUUAUAAAACCAACCAACUGCUAACAAGUAGAUGAGACUUCUCCAAGCUGCCUCACAAGCAAACUAACCAAGAAUAUAAAACGGCUUCACACAUGCAUGUACAUCCCCAGAGGAGGAGAUGAGACCAUCUGUGGCUUUUUGUCAGGGACAAAUGAGCUGGACUACAUAAUAAGCAAUAUAGUAGGUGCUCAGUAACUGCUGCAUUUCAGUAAAAGCAGAAGAGCUUUUGAAAAUAACAAUAUAUAAUUCCACACCAACAGAUUUAGGGGGAAAUGAGUUUGUUGGAGAUAGUUUAUACUUUCACAUACGGCCACAAAGAUUUCCGGUUAUGUAACCAGCAAGAGUGGUUUCCACUCAAAUCAUAGGAAACCUCUUUUAUUUAAUACUUUUUUUGACAUGCCUUUCAAGGAAGUACCUUAAAAGUGAAAGCAUCUGAAAAUAAAAUAUUUUUGUAUUUAUGUGUAAAGAGCCUUCAUGAAUGGACUGACCUUCGCUGCAGAUGGGCUAGUGCUAUAGCCUCGUUCAUAUGGAGUUACUCCACUGGAUUAAGGUUUGCCUGAGUUUAACUAUUGAACUAUUUUAAUAAAGUGAAUCUGAAGAUUUUUAGGAAUAAAACAGUAAAACAGUUUAUGUUCAGGAAAAUAGCCAUGAUAAAUCAAAGGGAAAUAAAUGGAUGGUUUAAAAGAAAA